AAUUGCUAAAUGAAGUGAUCCGACCUUUGAGACGAAGUGAUAAAGGCGGUGGAUGGAAUGUGCUGGUGGUGGAUCGUCUGGCAAUGCGAAUGCUCAGUGCAUGUUGUAAAAUGCAUGAUAUUAUGGAUGAGGGAAUCACAAUUGUUGAAGAUAUCAGCAAACGUCGAGAACCACUAACUGUAAAUUUUAUGCAUGGGCGUAAUCAGUACAAAUGUGCACACGUAUUCUUCACCGAAGCAUGCCCCGAUCAGUUGUUUUCGAUAUUAUCAAAAAGCAGCGCGGCAAAAUUUAUCAAAACACUAAAAGAAAUAAACAUUGCUUUCACACCAUAUGAAUCACAGGUCUACUCACUUGACUCACCAGAUACAUUCUUCCUGUAUUAUAAUGCACAGAAGCAGGGUGACUUAACGACUAAUUUGGAGCGUAUCGCCGAACAGAUUGCUACUGUAUGUGCUACUCUAAGCGAGUAUCCAGUAUUAAGGUAUCGUGCUGAUUUUGAGAGAAAUGUCGAGUUAGCGCAUUUGGUACAGCAGAAGCUGGAUGCUUACAAAGCCGAUGAUCCAUCGAUGGGUGAAGGUGCAGACAAAGCCCGUAGUCAGUUGAUGAUAUUGGAUCGUGGUUUCGAUGCGACCAGUCCAUUGCUCCAUGAAUUAACACUGCAAGCCAUGACACACGAUCUCUUGGAUAUUGAAAAUGAUGUAUAUCGCUACGAAACCGGUGGUAAUGAUAGCGUUGAUAAAGAAGUUUUGUUGGAUGAAAACGAUGAUUUGUGGGUGGAAAAUCGUCACAAACAUAUUGCUGUCGUUUCACAGGAAGUCACAAAGGGGUUGAAAAAAUUCUCGGAAAGUAAAGCAGGCAUGAAAGCGGAUGCAAAAAGUAUCAAAGACCUGUCAAUGAUGAUCAAAAAAAUGCCACAAUACCAAAAAGAAUUGAACAAAUUCAGUACCCACUUUCAUUUGGCCGAAGAAUGCAUGCGUAAAUAUCAGCAGGGUAUCGACAAAUUGUGCAAGGUUGAACAGGAUCUGGCAAUGCAAGUUGAUGCGGAAGGUGAGCGCGUAAGAGAUCCAAUGAAACUGAUGGUACCAUUGUUGAUCGAUCCAGCAGUUGAGCCAUGCGAUCGCAUUACGGAAGAAAAUCUUGAAAAACUUUUACAACACGCAAAUAUUGACAUGGUUGAGAAGGAUACAUUGACAAAUGCUUCAUACCUGGGCUUGAAUAUUGUGACCGAUCAAGGGCGUAAAAGAGUUUGGACACCCAGUCGCAAGGAGCGUGCGAACGAGCAAGUUUACCAGUCAUCACGAUGGGUCCCCGUUCUGAAAGAUAUCAUGGAGGAUGCGAUUGAUGAUAAGCUUGACAUGAAACAUUUCCCAUUCCUGGCCGGACGACAAGUCAACCCAACCUAUCGUGCACCAACCAGUGCACGAUAUGGACAGUGGCAUAAAGAACGAGGCCAUCAAACAUCUUACCGAUCCGGACCUCGCCUAAUCGUUUUUAUCGUUGGUGGUGUAACGUAUUCGGAAAUGCGAGUCGCUUACGAAGUGACAAAAGACAAGAAGCCAUGGGAAGUUGUCAUUGGUAUGCUUUUUUUGCCAAAUGCUCUGGAUUUUUGUUUUUGAAG